AUGUGCCAAUACAUUUGCAAGUGCGGCACGAAGCCUCGACUUGUAGGAAUGGAACAGACAUUUUGUAUCUUUCUUAGCUCGACGUUAGGCGCUGCAUGCAGUGUCCUUCUCUUUCCCCGCCACUCUCUCUAUUUGUCUUCUGACUUUCUUUCCUUCAGCCUUCUGUCUCUCGCUCACUUCUCUCUCGUUUGCUAUAUCUUUAUUGCCUUUUUCUCUUUUUUCUAUCCACUUUACAUCUGUUUCCUUCUUUUUUCUAUCUAUCUAUCUAUCUAUCUUUCCUUCCAUCUAUCCCCUUUCUCUAUUCCCAUCUGUCUGUCACGCUUUCUCUUUCUUCCUGUUUUCCGUCACUCUUUUCAUCCUCUUCUGUCUCCUGUUUUUCUCCCCUUCUAUAACUCACUCUUUCUGUCUUCCUUUCUCUCUCUCUCUCUCUCUCUCUCUCUCUCUCUGUGUGUCUUCUGUCUCUACAUUUUCCUUCUGAUUCCUCUCAACCACUCUCUCUUUAAUUGUCUUCUCUCUCUUUGCCUUUUCUCUUUGCCUGUCAAUCUCAGUCAAGCGAUUUUUAAACCUACCUUUUUCAUCCAUCCAUUCAUCUAUCAAUCUAUCUAUCUAUAUAUCUAUCUGACUGCGUUUAUAUUUCUACCCACUUAG